AUGCUACUUUUCUUUGUGCAUUGACUAUCCCAAUUCCCAGCUGAUUUGCAAAAGAUCGAAAAUAUUCAUUCAAAUAAUGUACUUAAACGUAAUAAAAAUUAAAUUCCUUUAAGAAGUUCAGAGAAGACAAUAUGAAUUUCUCUGAUAAUGAAGCUGACGACACGUCUAGUGUGGAAAGCACAUCAAAUACCGAUAACACAUCCCGCAGCGAGACACCAACAAAUUCACGAAUUAAAAAGAGGCGACGUGGAAAGAAGAAAACAACAAAAGCCGUGAAACCACCUUACAAAUUCAAUUGUAGUGCUAAAGAAGAUCACGGUCAACCUUUGUUCGGAUGCCAGUUCAACCACCACCUUGGAGAAGGUGAACCACAAAUAUUUGCUGUUGUUGGCAGCAACCGAGUAUCCAUAUAUGAAUGCCCAGAAGCAGGAGGUUUCAAAUUUUUGCAAUGUUAUGCUGACCCUGAUACGGACGAGACGUUCUACACGUGCGCGUGGUCGUACGAGGAGGACAGCGGGCUGCCGCUGCUGGCGGUGGCGGGGUCGCGCGGGAUCGUGCGCGUGUUCCACCCCGCCAGCAACGCCUGCAUCAAGCACUACGUGGGCCACGGGCACGCCAUCAACGAGCUCAAGUUCCACCCGCGCGACCCCAACCUGCUGCUCUCCGCCAGCAAGGACCACGCGCUGCGCCUGUGGAACAUCGCCACCGACGUCUGCAUCGCCAUCUUCGGCGGCGUCGAGGGCCACCGCGACGAGGUGCUCAGCGCCGACUUCGACCUCGACGGCCACAGGAUCAUGUCCUGCGGCAUGGACCACUCGCUCAAGCUCUGGCGGCUGGACAAGCCCUCGAUGAACGAGGCGAUCAAGCAGAGCUACAGUUUCAAUCCCCACCGGGCGCUGCGGCCCUUCAACUCGUUGAAGGAACACUUUCCCGAUUUCUCGACUCGCGACAUUCACCGAAACUACGUGGACUGCGUGAGGUGGAUGGGGGAUCUCAUUCUAUCGAAGUCGUGCGAGAACGCCAUAAUCUGCUGGAAGCCCGGGCGGCUGGAGGAGGCGGAGCCGCGGCCCGGCGACGGGUCGGUGACGGUGGUGCACCGGUUCGACUACAAGGAGUGCGAGAUCUGGUUCAUCCGGUUCGCGGUGGACUACAGCCAGCGGCUCAUCGCGCUCGGCAACCAGUGCGGCAAGACGCUCGUGUGGGAGCUGCGCGGCGCGGCGGGCGGCGCCCGGGCCUCCGCGCUGCUGCACCCGCGCUGCGUGGCCGCCGUCAGGCAGGUGACGCUGUCGCGCAACGGGCGCGUGUUGGUCACGUGCUGCGACGACGGCACCGUCUGGCGCUGGGACCGCGCGCACUGACGCGCCACUGGCGGCCACUGGCGGCCACUAGCGGCCACUGGAUACCACUGGCGGCCACUGGCGGCCGCACGCGUGCAGUAACUCCGCGUCGGUACAUCGACGAGCCAUGCUAGAUAACGACGCCGGUUCUAGGUAUUUUUUUUACUACAUUCAUUUUAUACUAUAACUAGCUGCUACUUGCGCCUGCGGCUUCGCCCGCGUGGUCCUGUACGGUGGCGUAGCUACAGGGUGGUGAGUCGGCAAAAUGUCACGGGCCCCCAGCUGGAAGGGGUACACGAUGAAUUUGUCACGUGUCUAUAGUUACGUCACUGCUCUUGUAUUAUACAUAUAAAUAAUCCUUUUGAAUCACUUGAUGGAAAACCACAUUAAUAUCCGUUGUGUAGUUAAAAGAUCUUAACGUAUACCAAAAAUAUAUAUAUAAAAAACUAUGCUAUGAUAACAGCAAUCGAUACCCAAAUAAACAGUUCCCUAGGCAUCACGCGGACGAAGCCGCUGGCGGAAAGCUAGUGUAAGAUAAACAUUGUUGCAGUGAUGGGACAUAUUGAUGUUUUUUUAAUUUUACAUAGAAAUAAUAAAGCCAAUCAAAAAUUUGAAUGUUACAUAUACACAUUACAAAUGUGUGCGUGACUGUGGAGUAGGGUUGCCAGAUAUUUGUUCAGCUCGUAAGGAACAAAUGCUUAAAUAGGGAAAAAAUACAAGACUCCUAUUUUUUAUCCGAGAUAAAUAAAAAAAAAAUAUUUUCUCGUGUCUUUUCUAAAUAUUGUUUAAAAUCACGCAUGUCUAAAUGCACGCAUGAUUUCACAUAUUUAAACAAUAAAAUUAUAAUCUUACUUAAAUAUGGAAAUUUAUUUCAUUGACAUUUAUACAAUUAUUUCUUAUAUCUGUCCAUUUUUAAUAACAUUUCAAAAAUUUAUAUACGGGACAGAUUCUGUCCCGGCAGCACAUUUGAAUUUAUACCUGAAAUACGGGACGUCUGGCAACACUACUAUAGAGGCACUAGUGUAUUAUUACUUAAAUGAUUAUAUGUGUAAUAUCAUACUGUGUAGUGUGUUUGACUAUAUUGUACUAGCCUUUUGAUCUAAGGCAAUGCCCAAAGGCGGGCCUCUUCUCGCUCAUAUAAUGUAAUUAGACCGCGCGUACCUCAAGAUGGCGCCGGGAACUCGAGCAUAGUCGCUGGGCCUUCACGAUAAUAGCCUAAUUGACUAUACUGAAUAUUAAUUAUUAUAUUUCUGGUACUUGAAACUCAAUGGAAUGACGAAUAUAAUUCACUAAAAUUAUUUUGUAAUUUAAUAAGUGGAACGACUAAUUUGUUGUUUAAGUUAAGCAUUUUUCUGUAUGAAUAGAACCACAAUGAAUAAAAGACUGAUUUAGUCAAAUUUU